GGAGCAGCAGCAGACUCCCGCCUCUGCAACGAUCCCCGGCAGGAGGAUGAGGAUCUGCUGACAGUGAGGAGCCAAUGAUGCCUGGAUGUCAGACUCUGCAGAGAAGAUGGAGCUGGAGGAAGACCUGGUCUCUGGACCAGAUGAAGAAGAAAAGAUAACAGAGAAGAUAUCACUCAAGUCAGAAGACGUCACUCAGACUCGCCCAUACACCGAAGAGUGCCGCAGCACUCGCACCACCUUGCGGAAAGCCGCUCGCAAAACAAAAACACAUGUGGGAAACAUCAAACUGGGCGAAAAUAGCAACGCAACAAGCAGAUCGCCCGCGCCCCACGCGCUGCGCUACCCUCUCCGGAAACUGAGCCCUCUCCGCCGACACCGACACAAAAAGAGAGCGAAUCCCAAACUCACAACACCCCCUCCUACAAAGAGAAGCCAAAACCCAAAACAGACAAUCGAGGGCGGGGAGCAUAAAAGAAAAAGAGGUGGGGGGGGAGGCCCCCACCGCAGUCCAAUCAACAAUAGGACGACAACAGGAAAAAACAGUCAUUCGUGGACCCUCAUGCAGCACAAGCUGUGUGUCCCAGAUCGCCUAAGCAAUCUCGGACCGACGGACCUGAAAACGCACAAAAUAGGCACCCAAAAAACACAUCAGACACCCAAGUGUCAUGGAAGGAGACGAGGAGAAAGAAAGUGCCCCAUCCACCUAGCCCCGAAAAAAGCCAGCGCAAAACCUCGGAUCAGAAAAAACGACGCAAAAGCGACAACCAAAAAUCCGACCCACAGCCGCCACCAAGCGACCCAAAAACUGAUAGGAAAAAAUGGUCGCCGACAGCAAGGCCACCCGCUCACGGGCCCAGCCCCUAGGUAUACACCAACAUCCCACCAACCGCAAAGCAGAAAAGAAAAAUCACCCCCCGUCAUGCGGCAACCUCACCCCACUGGAUCGCAGCACAGUGGGAAAGCACCCUUUUUUUUUUUUUUUUUUUUGCACUGAGUAGUAGGUGAUUCACAUGAACAGGUGAAGAUACCCAGCGUCACAUACUAAGAAUGUUAAUUGGAUACAUGCAGAAUACAGCCCAAAUCUCGAACGUCCUUGGAUAGGAGACACAGCAGUUAACUUAUUUUAUCACAGCCUAUCAAAACGAAAUAGGAAGUCAAACAGCAGAACCUUGUAGGUACAAAAAACAAAACCCCUAUCC